AUGACGGUCAUCACCAUUGUGUUAUGGUGUCCAGCCGAGUGUCAAUAUAGUUCCAAGACCAAAGUUUAUAUAGGGAAUAAAGCGAACAAACUUACACGCGAGCUGGUUGCAGACGCGGAGAUGAAGGUCAUGGCCGUGAAACCGUACUGCGAACAAUACCUCGGCUCGAAGCAUUUCCAGAUGGGCCAACUAGUGUACGACUUGCGCCACAAGUACGCGCGCGUGGUGUAUCUGUACCAGCUUGUCGACCGUGACGUCAUGUACCGGAAGCACAAACACAACACGAAUCUCCCGUUGAUGUUCGAAGUAUUUAAACUGAGCACGGAAGUUGAAAACACAGCUGUAAUGAUUAGAUUGUGGGAGAGAAAGCAGGAAGACUCGGCAAUGUUCCACUCGCGCAUGAAGGGAGUCUUGCGGGGUGGCCAGGAGCUCCAGGAUCAGCACGAGCUUAAGCCGAUAGCACGCGUGCGGCCGGGGGGUGCACCCCCGCCCCCUACCAGCAAGAGGAAGAACAUCAAGUGGCGCCACGUUAGCGACCGUGACUUUCUGUAA